AUGGCACUCCCAGAAUGGAAAGCAGCUCUUACCAUGUCUCAGCGCUAUGAGACAAUCCAAAAGAUCCAAGACUCCCUCUCUGCCUCCAGCAUGAGUGAGGCUAUCGCCAUUGAACAGGCCGCCUACCAAAUCUCUUCUACUCAGGAAGAGUAUAAUCUCGCCUGUCAACCGACCACAACUCCAACACCCCAGCGCUCUCAAGAAGAAAAGGAUCUUGAGCAGGAAGCCGAUUCUGGUCUUCGCAUUGGCUCUUAUAAAAACUGUCGCCCUGUAUCGGAUGGUGUCACCUCAGAAGUGUAUCGAUCAGGCGAUAAGGCCCUCAAAGUUAUUGUCACGUACCAAGACAUUGAACCUCACAACCCUCAGCGCGAAGCCAAGAUUUUGAAGACCCUGCGGUCGCCUUGUAUCCCCCUUCUCGAGACUUUCCGGGAUCAGGAGCAGCGAUUCGUUCUUGUCUUUCCAUACAUGCCGUAUACGGUAGCCGACGUUCUCGCCCAAGGACCUUUACCGCUGGACUCCGUACGUUCGAUCUUUCGAGACAUCCUCCAAGGCCUAAAGGACAUUCACGCGCAAGGUAUCAUACACCGAGACAUCAAACCUUCAGCCAUUCUUCUCUCCUCUCCCACUGGCCCAGCAUACCUCUCCGACUUUGGCACAGCGUGGCAUCCUGAGCUAUCAACCCACUCAGAACCAGCCGACGAUAAAAUCCUAGAUAUCGGAACGGGUCCUUACCGCGCGAUAGAUGUCCUCUUUGGCCACAAAUCCUACGGACCAGAGGUCGACAUGUGGGGAUUAGGGGUCAUGCUCUCAGAGGUCCUUCGUGAUCCUCCUACACCAAUCUUCGAGUCCCGCGCCGUCCACGAAGACGGAAACCAGCUCGGCCUCAUUCUUAGCGUCUUCAAAACCCUCGGUACACCUACCCCCGAGACAUGGCCUGAGGCAAAGAAGUUCAAGGUUGCCCCCUUUGAGCUCUGGACAGUCUUCUCUGGCCAGAGCUGGGAGGAGCUUCUCCCCGGCGUGCAACCGGAGUUAAUAGAUCUCGUGUCGUCGCUUGUGCGUUAUGAUAGCCAACGACUGACAUCUGCGCAGGCUCUUGAACACAAAGCUCUGGCUGUGGAGCCAUAA